AUUGACGUGUUUGGAGCUGGAGACUGCCUGGGCGCUGGUGGAGCGGCGCCCCGAGUCGCAGGGCACAGCAAGGUGUGUUCACCUGUGCCUGCCGUCCAGGAUUAGACGCUGAUGGGCAGCACCGCGGAAGGCAGCGAGGCCUCGGAUUCGCCUCUCUCCAGGUUCUCCUUCGAUCUCCCCGCCCCCCUCCGUAAAGAAGACUGUUAGGAUGCCCGUGGUAACUCGGAAGCUUAGAGAUCCUGACAUAAAUCCUUGUUUGUUGGAAUCUGAUGCUUCUGCCAGAUGUAUGGCUGAAAAUAACUAUGAUGGGCAAAGGUGUUCCACUUAUUUCUUGAAGUACAAAAACUGUCGGAAAUUCUGGAAUUCUAUCAUGAUCCAGAGAAGACAGAAUGGAGUGAAGCCACCUAUGCCUACAGCAGCAGAAAGAAACGAAAUCUUGGGAGCAAUGGGAAAGAUGCCCUAUUGAAUGUUGCAUUAAAAUUGUUUAUAUAACUUAGAAGCAGAUGAAUAUUUUUAAUAAAUUAUUGCUGUAAUCUUUUAAGACCUUA